AUUUGUUAAUAUUAUAAACUUCAUAUGCACACGUUUUUAUAAAAUACAGCUAUCAAAACUUAAUAAUUAUUGUUACUGUUCAAUAUUACGUUUAAAACAAAAUUAAUUGAAGGAAUUCUAAAAAAAAAUAGUAAAAAGAUUUUAUUUACAGAAUCAUGUUGAAGCCAAAAGCUCUCACUCAAGUACUUAGUCAAGCUAAUACAGGCGGCGUUGAAAAUACUUUAUUAUUAAACAGAGAUGGUGGUUUAUUAGCUUAUAGUGGUUAUGGAGAUAAAGAUGCAAGAGUAACCGCUGCUAUUACAAGCAACAUUUGGUCAGCUUACGAAAAAAAUGGACGAAAUGCAUUUAAGGAAGAUGAAUUACAAUUUGUGUUGAUGGAUUGCGCGGAUGGAAAAGUUGUAAUUACUGAAGUAGCCAAUCUAUUAUUAUGUUUAUAUGCAAAAGAAAAUGUGGGAUUUGGUUUGUUAAGAGAAAAAGCACAGGCUUUAGCAAGAUAUCUUGAUCAGCCACUGAAAAUAAUAGCCAACAUGCCGUAACAAAAAAGUAAAAUAAUUUUUGAGGAAAAGAGAAAAGGGUAGAAGGUUCUUCCUUUGUUCUAUGAGUAACACUUUGAAAAUACUGUAAUAACUAAAUAAGUAUUUCUUUAAAAAUAGAAUUACUUUGUUUUUAAGCUGUAACAGUUUGUAUGUUGUAAACUCUGGUCUAUAUUAUCUGUACUUAUGCAUUAUGUAUGUACAUGUACUUCCUUCCCCGUUUAUUUCUGUAGUUAAUUUCAAAUAAUUAUUGGUAUUAAAAUUUAUUCAUACAAA